UUUUUGACCGUUGUAAGGGCUCCCAACCAAAAAAUAAAGAAAAUCUUUAUCAUGCACAGUUAAUAACACUCCCCCAAAAGCUUAUAAAACUCUCAAAUCUUCUUCACCACUCCAUUUCCAUAUUCCCUUGCCUUUUCUUCUUCUUCUUCUUCACCUCCCCUAGUUCAUCCAUAUGGAUUACAGCUCCAGUCUCCAAAAACAAAGAUCCUUCUCUUCCAUCGCCGGCCUUUGGCUCGCCGCCGAUCGCCGUAGAACCAUCAGCCUCAAUUCUAGCGACGGUGCCGCCGCCGGCGACUAUGCCGAGCUCUAUCCCUUGAAACGCUCCUUAACGUUGGGAAGGUUGUUUCAGUGGAAAGGGCUAUGGCGGAAGAUUCUUAGGAAGAAGAGAAGAAUCUUCGAUUCUUCUUCCCCCACGACGGUGUCAAAUGUUUGUUAUGAUUUCGAGACAUAUGGGCUGAACUUCGAUGAAGGAGCGGCGGCGGUGGAGCCGGAGAACUUGGCGCGAUCUUUCUCCGCCCGAUUUGCGGCGGCGCCGAAAUUGUUGAGGAGAGUUGGUUGACCAGAUGAACGGAUGAGAUAUUUUCUUGAUGUGCUUGGUCAAUAUUGUUUUUUUUUUUUAAAUUGCUUUUUGUUAUGCUGUCUGCUUUAGAUCAUUGUAAGGUAAGGGGAAGCGAUUUGAGAUAUGAUAAGAAAUAUUUAGAUGUUUGAA